ACCAAUUAUAUGCAAUUCCAGGACAUCUCCAAGGUCUACGACUCCAAGUCUGAAGACUAUGAAUCAUCAGGAGAGUCAGAGGCCGGAGAAAGUGAAUCCUUUGGAGAUGAGAGAUUUGGGCUUCAUUGAGAGUGGCAAUAAUGAUGGCUUGGAUGAUAAUCAUGAUCAAGAUGAGCUUGCUGAUAGUUCCCAAUCCCGUCAAGCAGUUGAUGAGAGUGAUUCAUCAGAAGAUGAGGUGGCUCCUCGUAAUACAAUUGGUGAUGUUCCAUUGGAGUGGUACAAGGAUGAAAAACAUAUUGGAUAUGACAUUGCUGGGAAAAAGAUAAAAAAGAAAGAAAGACAAGAUAAACUGGAUUCCUUUCUUGCGAGUGCCGAUGACUCAAAAAAUUGGCGCAAGAUCUAUGAUGAGUAUAAUGAUGAGGAGGUAGAGCUGACUAAAGAAGAGACCAAACUUAUUCGUAGAUUGCUCAAAGGGAAGGCACCACAUGCUGAAUUUGAUCCGUAUGCGCCUUAUGUUGAUUGGUUUAAAUGGGAUGAUGCGAAACAUCCUUUAUCUAAUGCGCCAGAACCAAAGAGGCGGUUCAUUCCUUCUAAAUGGGAAAGCAAAAAGGUUGUUGAGUACGUUAGGGCAAUUCGCAAAGGAUUGAUCAAGUUUGACAAGCCAAAAGAAGAACCUCGUUUAUAUCUCCUUUGGGGUGAUGAUUCGAGUUCAGCAGAUAGGACUAAGCAUUUGGCUUACAUUCCCCCUCCAAAGCCAAAAUUGCCAGGCCAUGAGGAAUCAUACAAUCCUUCUUUAGAAUACCUACCAACACAGGAAGAGAUCAACACUUAUCAGUUGAUGUAUGAAGAAGAUCGCCCUAAAUUUAUACCUAAGAGGUUCACAUCCUUUAGAAGCAUCCCGGCAUAUGAGAAUGCUAUCAAGGACUCCUUUGAGCGAUGCUUGGAUCUAUACUUGUGCCCUAGAGUGCGGAAGAAACGUAUUAAUAUCGAUCCUGAAUCCCUGAAGCCCAAGCUACCUAGCAGAAAAGAUCUUAGGCCUUAUCCAGUUACAUGUUAUCUUGAGUAUAGAGGUCAUGAGGGUGCAGUUUUGUCAAUAUCUGUUGAACCUUCAGGGCAAUGGAUUGCUUCAGGCUCAAAGGAUGGAACUGUACGUAUUUGGGAGGUGGAGACUGGUAGAUGUCUUAGAGUUUGGGAGCUUGGUGAGGCUGUCCAGCAUGUUGCAUGGAAUCCAUUGCUCGAGCUUCCUAUUCUGGCAGUUUCUGUGGGAUCUGAUGUACUUAUUUUGAACACUGGAUUUGGGAAUGAGGAACAACAGAGAAAAGCUAAGGAACUUCUGCAAAUUGGAACGCCUACCUCUUCUGAUGAUUCUGACGAUAUAUCAUCUGUCUUAAGCUGGCUUCAAGAUGAAAAGCAUGAUUGCAUCAGACUAAGGCAUUUUAGGACUGUAUCUUCAAUAGAAUGGCAUCGUAAAGGAGACUAUCUUUCUACAGUUAUGCCGGCAGGCGAAUCAAGAGCAAUUCUUAUACACCAGCUCUCUAAGAAACUUACUCAAAGACUCCCUUUUAAGCACCAUGGCCUUCCAGUAUCAUCAGUUUUUCAUCCUACUCGUUCAAUCUUCUUCGUAGCAACAAAGAAAAAUGUUCGUGUGUAUGAUCUGUUGAGGCAAAAGCUAAUCAAAAAGCUUGAGACUCAACUGCGUGAAGUUUCAUCAAUUGCUGUUCAUCCUGCUGGUGAUAAUGUAAUUGUGGGAAGCAAAGAGGGAAAAUUGUGUUGGUUUGAUAUGGAUCUUUCAUCUAAACCUUACAAAACCCUCAAGUGUCACCCUAAAGACAUUACUAAUGUGGCAUUCCAUCGUUCAUACCCACUAUUUGCAUCAUGCUCAGAUGAUUGCACAGCCUAUGUCUUUCAUGGCAUGGUUUAUGCCGAUCUUAACCAGAAUCCUCUGAUUGUUCCAUUGGAAAUUCUGAGAGGGCAUACCAGUUCCGAUGGAAGAGGAGUAAUUGACUGUAAGUUCCAUCCAAGACAGCCGUGGUUAUUUACUGCUGGUGCUGAUUCAUCAAUCAAGCUCUAUUGUCACUAGGAACACUUGCAAGACAGUGUUGUGCAAUAUAAAGUUUAAUACAGGAAUGGGAUUACGGUUUCAUUGUGAUUUUGACUCUUAGAUAUGGGGUGGACAAAUGCAAUUUUGAUUGACGAGGAAGGUGAUUUAAAACAUGUGUCUCUUCUAUGCGUAGCAAUGUGGGCAGCAUGUAAAAUUAUUUCUUAAUGAAAUAUUAGAUUGUUGAAUCCGUAUCUAUAAACAAUCCAUUUUUUAA